GCCUCUAUACAUCAGCCACUUCUCUCUCUCUCCUCUCUCUCUCUCUCUCUCUCUCUGCCUUUCCCUUCUUGUACCAUCUUUGUUCUCAUUCAUUUCCUCACCUCUUUCCUCUGGGUUCCUCAUGCAACUCUUGCCCUUUGGCCCCCCCUCCCUUUUCUCGUGAGACUCUUAUCUCCUUCUUCGAAACUCAGAGGCAGCCAUUGAUGCUCAUAUUCAUUACUUGAACUACCCGAUAUGAUUUCUCAUCAUAUUCCCACAUGAUUUCUCAUCUUGCUGCUUACAACGCCAGCAUCUCCGUAUCCCCAAUUCUCACUGUCAGCUACCAUGAGAUCCCCCCAGGCCCUCCGUAACGGCGGCGACACCCGCUCUCCCACCCCCGGUUUCCACUCCACUGUGGCCGAACGCAAACUGCGUCGUUUCAACUCCCUCAUCCUCGUCUUCCGCCUCACCUCCUUCUCCUUCUCCUUCGCCGCCUUCGUCUUCAUGCUCACCAACACUCGCGGCUCCGAUUCUCCUCACUGGUACGACUUCGACACCUUCAGAUUCGUACUUGCUGCGAAUGCUAUUGUGGCCGUGUACUGUGUGUUCGAAAUGGGAGCGUCUGUGUGGGAAAUCUCCAGAGGAGUUACGAUUUUCCCCGAAGUUCUUCAAGUCUGGUUCGACUUCGGCCAUGACCAGGUAUUCGCGUACCUAUUGCUCGCGGCGAGUGCUGCGGGGACGUCGAUGGCCAGAAGGCUGAGACUAACGGACACGUGUACGGCUAGCAACGCGUUCUGUGUGCAAGCAGACAUCGCGAUAUCCCUGGGAUACGCGGCUUUUUUGUUCCUAGGGUUCACGUCCUUGCUCUCCGGCUUCCGGGUCGUUUGUUUCAUAAUCAACGGUUCACGUUUUCAUCUCUGACAUUAUUUUUCAGGCUGCGUAAUCCGCCGAACGGCGUCGUUCCACAAGGAGGAAUUUGUUCGGUGGGUCCAGCCCGAUGCUUUUACUGUAUAGUGUGCCUACCAUGUACGCUGUGAUUUGCUGGGAAGAAAGCGAUAGUUAGGUUAGAGCAGUGAAAAUGUUCUUCGCGGGUUAUGCUAUUUUCAGGCCACAUUGUGGGAGAAGUUGCCACUUCCCAGAAUCCCGAUCAUACAGUUCAAUUGUCAUUUUCAAUUUCCACCUGAAUUCACAUGAUUAUCAUUAUUUGUAAUUUGAUCACC